AUGAAUAAGUACCGUUUAUCAACUAAUACAAUUCCAGGCUCAUACUUAAGUAUUGAGGAAAGAGAUAAAUUAAUAUCUUCACCACCAACUGUGGAAUAUCUUUAUGAUGGUCGAGCAUUAGAUUUAUCUACAGGAAAAUUAGUACAUCAACAAACUAGUUGUGUGUAUGAUAUACGUGAGUUAAAUGGAGAUGUCUUAAUGGCAAAUACUUUAUCAGAAGCUGCCUCUAUUGUGGGAGUAUAUCCAGACACUCUAAGUAAAUAUUUAGAUAUAAAAGUCCAAUCUUCAAAAGAAUAUUGA